UUUCUCCCUAAACAAUUAAUACUGCUGUUGUCAUAUGGCUUGGUACUUGUGAAACAUAUAUUUGAUUAAUUUGUGACAAUUUAUCGUGAUUACUAAACAAAUAUUCAUAAAAUAAACAUCAGAUACAGUUGAAUUAAACAACCGACUACCAAGUGACGCCAAACUUUUAAUAAUUAAGGAUUUUUCCUCGAACAUGCCUAAGCCAGGCAAGUCGUCGAAAGGGAACCAUCAGCACUUUACAUCAUGGAAAAACCAGUACAGAGAACAUGACGAUAGAGGAGACAGAAGGGUCACUUUCAAACAUAGUAAACAUGGCAGAAAGAAUAAUCGUAAUUGGAGCGCAUCAUUAGAAGCUCAUUUUCAAGAAGAAGAUGUUGAUAUGGGCGGUAGCGGUGGUGGUUUUACUUCAGCAAAAAAUUUUAGACGUAAAGGUCGCAGUGGUACUCCUCCACCAAAGGGGGCCAAAAGGAAACUGCUAGAUAGUCCAGUGGGCUGGUUCAGGGUUACAAUUCCCUAUGGUCAUAAAUAUGAAAAGAAUUUUAUUUUAAAAUUAUUAAUGGACCAUGUUAGUCCACUUACAUUGUACCCAGUUAUGUGGACAUCUGAAAGGAACGUGGUAACAUUUUAUGUUGAUGAAUAUAAAGUGGCUGAAAAACUUAAUAAUUUAGACCGCCAAAUCCGUUAUCCUGAUGGUUUUAAUAUGAUUAUAAAGGUUAAUACUGGAUCACCCAAUGUGGUUGAUAUAAACGAAUCAAUGAAAGAGAAAAUGAAACUUGCAAUGGCCAAAAGAUACAAUGCUGCCACAAGGGCUUUAGAUUUGACCAAGUUUCAUGCAGAUCCUGAUUUACAAGAUGUGUUUUGUGCUCUUUUCAAACCUAUCAUACUACUGACUGCAAUUGAUAUAAUUUCUGUAAAUAUACCUGAUCUCGAAGCAUUAAAUUUAUAUGAUAAUAGGAUACAUGUGCUUAGUCACCUAAAGAAACUAAACACUAAACUGCCAAAUUUAAAGAUUCUCCACAUUGGAAACAACAAGAUAAAGGAUAUAUCAAUGUUGGACGCAUUAUCUGGUUUGCCGCUCGUUGAUGUGGUCCUAGAUGGCAAUCCUUUGUGUGACAAAUACAAGAAUCAAGAAACUUACAUCAGCGAAGUAAGGAAGAGGUUCCCCAAGGUCAUGAAACUGGACGGUGUGGACUUACCCCCUCCCAUCAGUUUUGACAUAUCCGAAGAGGUACCAUUGCCAACCUCCCAGCAGACGUUCCUGUGCAAUGCGGAAGGCCAAGGAAUCGUGCGACAAUUUCUCGAACAAUACAUCCAGAUCUUCGAUGGUGAAACAAGACAACCACUUUUGCAAGCAUAUCAUGAACAGGCCACCCUGUCAAUGACGAUGGCUUAUCCGUACGGGCAGCAUCAGAAAAACUCGAGCUGGCUCAAUUGGUAUUUGACGGAUAACAGGAACAUAUUAAGAGUGACAGAUUCUGACAGACGCAUGAGACUUCUUAAACAGGGCCAUUUGGCCGUUGUUUCGUUUCUGAACGACAUGCCUGCAACAAAACAUGACAUUCAUAGUUUCACCGUAGACUUGUGUCUCUUUACACCUCAGCUAAUUAAUUUAACAUUCACGGGUCUUUAUAAGGAACUACAUAGCGGUCACAAAAUGCCUCCCAUCCGCUACUUUUGUAGAACUUUCGUUAUUAUACCUGCAGGAUCGGGCUUCUGUAUUUUAAACGAGAUGCUGCAUGUUACUAAUGCCACUGAAGAGCAAAGAAAGAUUGCAUUUAGAACCCCGGCUCCGGCGCCGCCGGUACAAACUCCUGCACCUCCCAACACCCCAGUGACCACACCACCUAGUACUUCAAUACCUGACGAUGCCGUAAAACAGCAGAUGGUUCAGGCGAUGGCUCAACAGUCGGGGAUGAAUUUGGAUUGGUCACAGAAAUGUUUGCAAGAAACCGAUUGGAAUUUUGAGAGAGCUGUGUUUGUUUUCACCGAAUUACAAAAACAAGGAACUGUUCCUCCCGAAGCAUUCGUUAAAUGA